CGCACUUCCUGUUUGUUGUUGGAGAAAGGAGAAAGGAAAGCGCGAGGAGCCGCCGCCGUCACCAGCGCCGCCGCUCAGAAGCCGAAGAGACCGGGCUGCCGCCCCGCCGCCUUCCCGCCGCUGCCUCCGCGUGCUGGACUCGUUCCAGCAGCCUGUAAAACAUGGUGGAUUACUAUGAAGUUCUAGGCGUGCAGAGACAUGCCUCCGCCGAGGACAUUAAAAAGGCGUAUCGGAAACUGGCGUUGAAGUGGCACCCAGAUAAAAAUCCUGAGAAUAAAGAAGAAGCGGAGAGGAAAUUCAAACAAGUAGCCGAGGCGUACGAGGUGCUCUCCGACGCUAAAAAACGGGACAUCUAUGACAGAUACGGCAAAGAAGGAUUAAAUGGUGGAGGUGGAGGUGGAGGUGGAAUUAACUUCGACAACCCGUUCGAGUUCGGCUUCACAUUCCGGAACCCAGAUGAUGUGUUCAGGGAAUUUUUUGGUGGAAGGGACCCGUUUUCAUUCGACUUCUUUGGUGUCCUAGGGGACUUCCACUUUCAGGCGGUCAGGAUAUACACGCAGGAGGAGCUGCUGCACGGCUGCUGCAUGUUCGGAGUGACGCUGCGGCCUGCUGGCGAAGACCCAUUUGACGACUUCUUUGGGACUCGGCGGGGUCCGCGUGGGAGCAGGAACCGGGGAACCACCUCAUUCUUCUCCGCCUUCACAGGGUUCCCGGCUUUCGGCGGAGGGUUUCCGUCUUUUGAUACAGGAUUUACUUCCUUCGGGUCAAUAGGUCAUGGAGGUCUCACUUCAUUCUCUUCGACGUCAUUUGGUGGUAGUGGGAUGGGCAACUUCAAGUCCGUGUCGACUUCUACCAAAAUUGUUAACGGAAGAAAAAUCACUACAAAGAGAAUUGUCGAGAACGGUCAAGAAAGAGUAGAAGUUGAAGAAGACGGCCAGUUAAAGUCCUUGACGAUAAAUGGUGUGGCCGACGAGGACGCCUUCCAGGAGGCCUGCCGGCUCCGAGGCCAGCACGCGCUGCCCGAGCAGCCCGCCAGCACCAGCGCCCGCCCUCUGAGGUCGCACAGGCCCACUCCACCACCCAAGCACGAGGACGAGGACGACCCGGGCCGCCAUCGGGCCGCCAGCCACUGGGACCCCUCCGCCUUCUCAGCAGGACUCAAAGAAGGUGGCAAGAGGAAGAAGCAGAAGCACAGAGACGAGUCCAAGAAGAAGAAGUCGACCAAGGGGCAGCACUAGAGCGCCGGCCGCCGCGGCGUCGCGCUGUGUGGUGUGUGCACGCGAUAGGUAGGGCGCCUGCUCCCCGCCCCGUCACCUCCUCACCCCGGGACGCGGACGGGCGGCCAGUCAGGCGGCAGGUGAUGAGCGGGCGGUGGCGUGAGCGCCCGCCCUGGCCGCAGCCCACCACUAAGAUAGCGAUUCCUGGGCAGCGGUCGGGGCUCUCGCUUGUUCUUGGCGGUGCGGCCGCCGUGCGAACCCCUGACACAGCGCUAGCUUUAGGGGCGUGACGGAUAGAUAGGCAGCAGGUAGCUCCUCGUGGGGCCGGCGUUGGGAAUCGGAGGGUAGUGAGUGUGGGCGACUCCAGGUCACACACGUCACACCUGAGCGGGGCCGCAGGUGCUGCCUGCUGUCCCGGGGUCAGACCUCAGCACCUGUCGUGGCCCCGUUCCUGUCGGCCACGUCAUGGAGCUUGUAAACCUGACCUCUGAGUAGAACCGGCCGAUGGCAAGUGUGCUGUGAUUAGCGCUAGUCCUUCCUUUCCUCCCGACCCAUCACCGCUCCCCGAAGCUUGUGCAGGGGGCGCUACAGAGCUUUGCUCCGUAAACAGCCCGGGCUCCGAGUUGAGGGUGCGAGGAAGCAGACGGCUGCCUGGCACGCGGGCGCCAGCAGGCACGAGCUUGUUUCGUUUGUGGACACUGCGCUCCUGUGUGGCCAGCCUCGCCUCUGUGCUUUCUCUGCACCACCCACUGCCUAACGAACGCUUUGCUCCCCGGCUGUGGUCGGGGGCGCCCAGCUGCCCCCUGUGGCGACGACACCUCCGCUAACACCAGAGCCUGCUGCCCACCCGCCUUUUCCUCGCCCCCAUGGAAACCAGGGAAUUGUGAGAAGUGUGGAUGUGACGUAAAAAUGCCAGCGACUCAAACCCACGGCGCGGAGCUGGCGACUUGGGCUUGGCCUGUGCCGCCGUCUGGUGUGGCGUGUGGCUUGAUAUGGCGGCCACAGGGCGCUGCUCUUGUGUGGGUGGGGGCGCGGCUGCGGGCGGGGCCGGGUGUGCUUGUGGGAACGGCCAGCACGGUGACCUGACCUGGGCGCCACCGCGGAAAUAAAGUUGUGAGCACCA